AUGGACAUCAGGGAUCUUCUUGUCCGCCACGAAAAGCUCGUCCACCUCAAUGAAGGAUCGAAUAAGGAUGGGAACCGGCCGCGGAAGCCAUCCUCGGCCGGUGCUGCCCUACCACCAUUGUCAGCCGAGAGACACGACGACUCCGAAAUGAUGGGCAUGCCGCGUGCCCAUCCACAGCAUUACCAUGCUGACUCCAUGUCUUCAACUAUGUCGGUGCCCGCACUCGCCCCUGAUCCGCGUCUACCCCCCAGAGCGGCAGCUUGCAACCUUGAUCUCUUGUCAGAUGCUGCGACCCAGAUAGCGUCGGCGAACGAAGUCAACUCCAUGCAGCCUACGAUGCCGGAUAUGGGCCAGUCGAACAGCGCUAUGUCACGUAUCAAGCCAUAUGACGAGGGCAUACCAUACGGUGAUCGUGGACGCGAGGCCGACGCCGCCACCUUGUCGAUGGGGCUCCCUAGUCAGGCGGGACCCUCUGCCUUUGACGAUUACAAUCUCUUCAUGGACGAGAUGGCAACCUCGUCCCAUUUUCUCCCACAAGCUUUCGAGGCAGACCAAAGCAUGGGUCUCUGGCCACGGUAUCCGUCAGAUAUGCAGCGAGGGGGGAUCUCGAAACCACCAUCGCAGUUCCCCUCUCGAUUUCCAUCUUUAGCUCCAGACCCACGAGACCCAUCGGACAAUGGCGGCAGGAUCCACGAUGAUUCAAUCAGGGCUACCCCAAUGAGAGUUUCAGCCAUGGAUCAUACAGUCAUUAAAAACAAGUUGGAUGAAUUCACGUCGGUGCUGCCAAAUGAUUUCGUGUUUCCUUCGCGGCACACCCUGACUCGCUUCCUCGAGGGGUAUUCCAGCGGGUUUCACGAACACUUGCCAAUAUUGCAUUUACCAACCCUAACACCCGCCGAUAUAGCACCCGAGCUGCUUCUAGCCAUCCUGGCGGUAGGUGCCCAAUACAGAUUCGAGAGUCAUCGUUCGAACGCACUAUGGUAUGCGGCUAGAGCUGUCGCCCACGAGCAGAUCCGACGCCGUCAUAGCCACGAAGUCCAUGGUUUGUUGCCCACACCCGCAGCGUAUAGUCCACACUCUACGCGACCGUCCCCAAGCCAUGGCUUCAGACAUUCAUUUAGUUCGGUGCAACAGGAUCGUCCCAUGACACAGGAUACACAUCGGGAACCAUACUCCCCAAACACUCCUCAGUCUCGCAUGGAGACAAUACAGGCCCUCUUGCUGCUUUUCGCCGUCGGUCUCUGGGGCGCAAAGGCGAUACUGCACGAGGCAAUGUCACUGCAAAGCCUUUUGGCUCUUCUGGUACGCGAGGAAGGGUUUCUGUCUGAGUCCACCCAGACGGCAGACUGGGAAGCGUGGAUCCGGAUAGAAGGGGGCAACCGAACCAAGCUCAUUACGUACUGCUUCUUCAACCUUUGCAGUAUCGCCUACAACAUGCCGCCUUUGCUCCUCACCUCGGAACUGAACCUGUUUCUGCCCCAUUCUUCAAAGCUCUGGAGAGCGGAAUCGGCGUGGCAAUGGCAAGAAGCUCGGAACUCGUUCCCGAGCAUGGAUUUCUCACUGCAGGAUGCAUUCUCGAGGCUAUUCAGCCGACCCCCACAGGGUCCACCGGCUUACAUGUCCUCGCUGGGGAACUACAUUCUCAUCCAUGCACUGCUACAGCACAUCUUUCUCUUGAAGCAAACUUCGUUUACAUCUGUACCAUCUUUCGAAGCCCCUCGAGGGUUACGGCCAGAUGAUGUCGAGGAGUGUUUCCAGGCUCUUCGGGUGUGGCAAAUGAGUUUUGAACAGCAUCAAGCACGGGUUGCGGAGGGGAUCCCACCGGCAGGGUCUGAGAACUUUCUUGAGGGGCCUGUUGCUUACAACUCGACGGCGCUCUGGAGACUGGCCUCGAUCCGACUCUACACCGAUUUGAGUCAAAGUAGGACGCUCGAAUCAAGAGAUGCUAGCCAGAUUGCACGGGCUUUCAGCGAUGCGCCAUACCUGAUCCGGGGCGUGCGGUCGAAUCGAGCUGUCCUCCAAGCAAUACAUGCCCUAUCACAGCUAGUCAAGCUGGGUGUCAACUACGUCGCCAGGAGAAAAUCGUCGGAAUGGAGUAUGCAGCAUUCUCUAUGCAAUCUCGAGUGCGCUAUUCUCAUCUCCAAAUGGGUCAUGACGCUCGCCUCUAUUGGACCAACAGAAGCCCCUCCAACUCCAGAUGAGCGAAGCCUUCACGACAUGCUGCGCCACAUGUUGGACGAAACAGAAUUCGCGGUCCCUAUCGAUCCAUCACUGUCUGGGGGCGGGCCAGGUCAUGCGGGGUCCAACAUGGACAUGGGGGUGAACGACAGCCACAAGCUCCGGCAACUCGCUGCGGCGGUGAUCCGACUUUGGGCCGAGACGUUCAAGGGGUCGCAUAUUUUUGACAUAGUCAAAGUGAUCGGCAAUGCGCUGGAGGGAUAUGUUGACUUGCUAGAGAAGCCGCGAGACAGAACACCACUGGGGCGGAUGGGCCCGAAUUCCGGGCUUGGCUGA